AUGGUGAGGGAUUUGGAUCGGACCGCGCACAAGGCCGCGCCUCGUACAGCGAAGCGGCUGCACAAGCCCAAGCGGGUGUCGGUCGAUGACAUGGACGUCGUCGCUGAAACGGCGGCGCCUAAGGUGGACCCAGAGGAACCGCCUCGACCCACCAAAAGGGUGGCCAAGCGAGCUCGGGCCAUGCACGAUGAUGAUAGCGAGGAGUUUGUGCCCGCGAGUGGCGGCAAAGGGGGAAUGCGUGGUAAGAGGAAGGGCCGCAGCGACGACGAAAGCGACGUGCAGGAGAAGUGUGGAGGGAGGCCGACAGUGACGACGAUGACGAUGCACCUCGCCGGAAGCAAGCGAAGAGGCGACGCAUCGAACCCAGCGAAGACGCUGAGCCAGCACCAGUUGGCGAAGAGGAAGCGAGCGCCUGCCAAAUCCAAGAAAGCCAAGGCGAAGGCGGAGGACGACGGCGACGGCGACAAGCAGCCUGUGAAGAAGACGCGAACGCCAAAGGCUGGCGCGCGCACCAACACCAACGCCAACUACCAGCGGAUCAAUAUCAAGGGCGGCUGGAAGAGUGGGGCUUCGUUCAAGAGUGGUCGCAAAUGGGUCUCUGGGAAGAGAGCCGACUCGCGACAGGGCUACGGCGGCCGGAAGUGGAACGGGGGCGAAGACAAUCCCUUCGACUAUGCUUCGCUCUACGGCAACGAUCAGGCGUUCAACUUUGGCGUCGACUCUGAGGAUGAGUCGUUCCUCACCGCCGUGGAUGAUCUGGUCAAGGACCACGAAGAAAAGAAGGAGCGCGCGGAGAUGUCGGUCGUCGCGCCCGAAGACAUCACGUCGAAGAAGCUGCACGCCAUACUCAAGAAGCACUUUGGCUUCAGCCGGUUCCGCGAGGGGCAGAAGAAGGCCAUCAAGCGCAUCCUCCGCAACAAGUCGACGCUGCUCAUCAUUCCCACGGGCGAGGGCAAGUCGCUGUGCUACCAGUUCGUGUCCUACUUCCGCCCCAACGAGCUGGUGGUCGUGGUGUCGCCGCUGCUCGCCCUGAUGAAGGACCAGGAGAAGAACCUGCCGCCCUUCCUCAAGGACCAGGGCGUCUGCCUCAACAGCUCCAUGAGCCUGUCCGAGCAGAUCGAGGUCAUCGACCGCAUCAAGAAGAACGAGGUCAGGAUCCUCUUCGUCUCCCCCGAGAAGUUCACCAGCGAGAACUUCAUCAAGCUCUGCCAAGGCUUCCCUGCAAUCGCGUUUGUGUGCGUGGACGAGGAGAGUAUUCGUAAGCUGCUCGAGGUGGAGCCCGAGGGCGUGAUCCGCAGUUCGUCUAUCAUCCGUACCAACAUCUGUCCGUCGGUCUCGGUGGCGGGCGAUCGAGAGCGUGCGCUGGUCGAGCUCUUGAGGAGCCCCCGCUUCACCGACUCCAAGUCGAUCGUGGUGUACUGCAUGCUGCAGAAACAGACCGAAGCCGUCGCUGGGUUCCUCAUCGGCGCAGGCUUCGACGCAGCGGCGUACCACGCCGGCAAACACCACGAUGAGCGCACCCGCAUGCAGAACCUCUUCUUCCAGAACAAGCUCCGAAUCAUCGUCGCCACCGUGGCGUUUGGCAUGGGCAUCAACAAGCCGGACAUCGACGCCGUGGUCCAUUUCUCCCUCCCCAAGAGCCUGGAGAACUACGUCCAGGAGAUCGGGCGCGCUGGGCGAGACGGCCGCCAGGCACACAGCCAUCUCUUCCUUGCCGAAGACGAUUUUGUGCGAUUGCGCUCGCUGGCCUUCUCCGACUCGAUCGAUCCCUUCACAAUCGCCUCCCUCUGUAAGAAGGUGUUCGUCAAGCAGGCCAAGGGCAGGCAGCAGCGACGGCAGUCGGAGGAGGAGGAGGAGGAGGCCAAGGACGACGGCUACCUGGUGGGACUCAAGGUGGAGGAGCUGGAGAAGGAGCUCGACGUGCGCCCGGAGGUGAUCAGCACCAUCCUCACCUACCUCGAACUAGAAGGCUACAUCCGGUUGAUCUCGGAGAAGUGUCCAAUAAUCGCCAAGAUCAACUUCUUCGACGCGCCGGGCAAGGUCGCGGCCAACAACAAACUAAUGGCCGCCAUACUCGACCACGCCACGAAGGGCCAGAACGGAGCGUACAUGGUGGACUUAACUGCGGUGUUGAACGAAGACGACGAUCGCCUCCGAGGGGCCACUAUCUACGAUGUACAGAACGAACUGCGUCGACUCAAGAACACUGGCGGCAUGGGCUACGAGCUGCUGGACCCUGCCUUCUUGGCCAGAGUGCUACGCACGCCGGAGGACAUCACUGCGCUGGCGCACCAGGGACACUCUCGCACGCGAGAUCUGGAGCUGUCGCACGUCAGCAAGAUCGAAGCCAUCUAUGAGACGAUGAAGGGCGUAGCGCACGACUACUUACACGAGGUGUGCGCCGCUGACUACAAGGAAAAGACCAACCCUCGAGGGAAGGAUCUGCGCACGCUCACGGCCGAGUAUUUCAACGACGACGCUACGAACGAGGGCUUCAUUUUGCUCGCGGGCGAGAAGCCCAAGGUGAAGGAGGGCGAGCGCCCGAUGGACGUCCUCUCCAAGACGCAGAUCAACUACCUCCGCAGCGACAUCAAAGUGUUUCUCAACCGGCACGGAUCCGAGACGUGCGAAUGGGAAGCGAGUCCGUUCUGGCGCAAACACCGUGAGGUUGACUUCAACUACCUACUCACCGCGGCGAACGAGGAGAUCGUCGUCGCUCACGCCCAAUCGCGACGAACUGCGCACCUGCCGGCAGACUAA